AAUUCCUCUGCUUGCUGUCAAAAACAAAAGUGCGGUGUUGUGAGGUUCUGCGAGUCAUUGUGCCUUUUGUUAAAUAACUUGAAAUUUGUGAAUAAAAAUUGAUCAAAAAUGACGCAAACCGAGCCUGAGCGUGAGAAAAGUCUCCAAGAAUACAGGAAAAAACUUGUGGAACACAAAGAAGUGGAGUCUCGUUUGAAAGAGAUGAGAGAACAACUGAAAGACUUAACAAAACAAUACGACAAGUCUGAAAAUGACCUAAAGGCUCUGCAAAGCAUGGGCCAAAUCGUUGGUGAAGUCUUGAAACAGUUAACUGAGGAAAAAUUUAUUGUGAAAGCAACAAAUGGCCCCCGUUACGUGGUUGGUUGUCGUCGUCAACUUGACAAGACAAAAUUGAAAGCAGGAACUCGCGUUGCUCUUGAUAUGACCACCUUGACAAUAAUGCGUUAUUUGCCCCGAGAGGUGGACCCCCUUGUUUACAACAUGAGUCAUGAGGACCCUGGCGAUGUCACGUAUUCUGCAAUUGGUGGCUUGUCCGAGCAAAUUCGUGAACUUCGUGAAGUCAUAGAGUUGCCCCUCAUGAACCCUGAAUUGUUCAUGAGGGUUGGGAUAACCCCCCCUAAAGGUUGUCUCUUGUACGGCCCUCCCGGUACUGGAAAAACACUCCUAGCACGAGCUGUAGCAUCACAAUUAGAUGCAAACUUCCUUAAAGUUGUCUCGAGUGCUAUCGUUGAUAAAUACAUUGGAGAAUCAGCGAGACUCAUUAGAGAAAUGUUUAAUUAUGCAAAGGACCAUCAGCCUUGCAUUAUAUUCAUGGAUGAAAUCGAUGCGAUUGGUGGCAGGAGGUUUUCUGAGGGUACCUCAGCUGAUCGUGAAAUUCAGCGCACGUUGAUGGAGUUGUUGAAUCAAAUGGAUGGGUUUGAUUCUCUUGGUCAAGUCAAAAUGAUUAUGGCUACAAAUAGGCCUGAUACUUUAGAUCCAGCUUUGUUGCGUCCAGGACGUUUGGAUCGAAAAAUUGAAAUCCCACUUCCUAAUGAACAAGCGCGACUUGAAAUUUUGAAAAUUCAUGCGGGGCCUAUAGCCAAACAUGGGGAAAUCGAUUAUGAAGCUAUCGUCAAGCUGUCUGAUACAUUUAACGGUGCUGACUUAAGAAACGUAUGUACCGAAGCUGGCUUGUUUGCCAUUCGAUCUGAACGAGAAUACGUAAUCCAAGAAGACUUCAUGAAGGCAGUUAGGAAGGUGGCCGACAACAAAAAAUUAGAGAGUAAGCUUGAUUAUAAACCAGUUUAAUUGUGUACUUUAAAUAAUUUAAUAAAAUUUAUUCAUUCGUGA